GGGAUGCGGCAGCAGUGGGAGCUGGGCCAGGCCCUGCGGCGGCGCUACCGCGGCUUCCUCAGCGACACGUACCGGCGGCAGGAGCUGGCAGGAAUGAAGCCCGUGUUUGCCCUGCCCUCCCCAGGCACGGUCUCGCGGGAGUCCGCACGUACAAGCAGUAGUUCCGAACCAGGAGUGAACCUCUCGGGUUUUAUUCACCUGUCAAGUAUCGACGCCUUCAGUUCCCCAGAGCUAUUAAUUUGCCUUUCUCUCUCCAGGAUGUUGCUACACUUUAUAAUGGUUCUUGAGAAAUUGCUAGGUUUAGUUUAUAAAACGUUGCAGAGCUCUUGGGGAACCACAUGCUCAGCACAGGGGGAAAUUUGAAAGAUGAAGGAAAGUAAGGAAGUAGAGAAUUCCCGCAGAUGCCCAUGCUGGUUGAUCCAAGAGGUGUGAGUGAACACACUGCAACAUGAGCAAGUGUCCUGAGGGGAAGCAUGCUGUCGUGUGGUUCAGCUGGGCAGUGAAGACCCUCUGGGUUGGUUCAGUUCAUUUUAUCUGAGCUCACUUGGGGAGGUUAACUGGAUUGGGCAAACUGAGAAUCCCCAUACAAUUUUCUGUCUUUGUUUCCCCCCUUUUUUGAGAUCCCCAGUAAAUACCCAUCUUGCCAUAGUUCAGAUUACUUCCUUUUUUUGACAUUUGCUUCAUCAACAAAACUUCCAGCAUCAGCUCAAACACAGAUCCUUUAACCUUCCUUGGUAGUUCCUUUCCAAACAUGCUUCACUCUUACAAAGCUUUUGCUAGCUGAAACUGUUUUCCUUCUCUUGCUUGGGAAGGAAAAACAAACCAAGGCCUGUGCAAACAAAAGCUGUUCUGCUAACCAAGCCUGAGCCCCUGCUCGAGUUGAGCAACCUCCCUCUUGUUAGAAGUGGUGCCUCUGAGUGACACCGUGUGACCAUCUGUCACCUGACUCAGCGACAAGCUGGAGCCCUGGCAAAAGGUGCUGAAGAAAGCAUGUACACUCAGAGCUUAACCGUUUUUUAUGACACUCUAGAAUUAGAUCCUUAUCUUUUAAAAUAUUUUCCUUUCUAUUUCUUCAGAGUUUGCCAAAGAUGAAAGCUAUCCUAAUGAGUACAGAGUCAGUUGUUUCCAAGCCACAGUUACGAGGCAAAAAGUGGGUAGAAGUUGUCAAGAGAAAAGACAAUUAUUUUUUUCCUUGUGACCGUUGAGUUUUGAGAUACACUUCAUGGAGGAAAUGCUAUAUGGAAGGAGCAUAUGUAUUUUUUCUUAUGAUUCUCCUCAUUUAACAUUAAAAACAAAUCCCAAUCUUGAAACUGUAUUUCAUUCUUCUUUUUAUUCUUGUUUCAGAUUCAAUAUGCUGUUUUCUACGACAUACAUUCAUGAUUUCUUAUAUGUUCCUCUUAUCGCUGGUUUCUCUCCAAUCUACCCCUAAGUGUUUUCAGUACAGAUACCAGAAUACCAAAAUGUUGCCAUUUUAACCUUCUGAACUUCUCUGUAUUUUUCUUGUUUCUCUUUUUUUCUGGCUCAGACUUCUCUCUCUCUGAGUUCUGUAAUUAUAAAUCCUGGCCUGUUGAUCCCAAGAGUCCACAAUGCUCAAACAAAAUCCCAGUUUCCCCUUUUUGUUCCUCUCCUGUGAGUCAGAUAAUUCUUGUCUUUGUUUCUCAGAUGGAAAAAAUGAGCCUUGGAGAAGCCAGUUUUUUUCAGCAGGUCACUCCUAGAACUGAAAGCAGGAGUUUGCCCCAGUCCUCUCUGUAAAUACAGUGCAUUCAUAGAACCAUAGAAUCAUUUUGGUUGGAAAAGACCUUUAAGAUCAUCAUGCCCAACUGUUAACAUAGCACACUGCCAAGUCCACCACUAUACAAUGUCUCUAAGUACCACAUGUACAUGUCUUUUAAGUACCUCCAGAAAUGGUGACUCAACCAUGACUCUGGGCAGCCUGUUUCAAUGCUCGACAACCCUUUCAGUGAAUAAAUUCUUCCUAAUAUCCAAACUAAACCUCCCAUGGCACAACUUGAGGCUGUUUCCUCUUGUCCUAUCACUUCUUUUUUGGGAGAAGAGACUGACACCCACCUCUUUACAACAUCCUUUUAGGUAGUUGUAGAGAAUCAUACAGUCUCGCCUCAGCCUCCUCUUCUGACUAAACAACCCCAGUUCCCUCAGCUGUUUUUCAUAAGAUUUGUGCUCUAGACCCUUCAUCAGCUUCGUUGCCCAUCUUCAGACACGCUCCAGCACCUCAAUGUCCUUGUAGUGAGGGGCCUAUUUCCUAGCUGUGCCCACUGUUACCUGCAUCUUGGUCUUGCUCUUGUCUGACCUCCUCACAUUCAGACUCCUGUCUAUAAUCUCCACAUAGUGCAUCUGGCUACCCCACUGAUCCAGAACAGACUGCUCCAGUAUGACACACCAAAUUGUCUCUGUGUCCAUCCUUAGUUUUGCCCAGGUUGACAUCAACAGGCUCAGUCACUUCAACUCCUGUCAUCCUGUUGUUCGUGAGCAGCUGCAGGGCACUUGGCAAUGGUCCCCAGCAAGUGCAUCAUCCUGCGUCCAAGUGUCACCGCUUCCAGUAGCAUUACUAAUGGUGGGCUGUCCCUGUCCUGGCAGAUCUUCAUCCGCAGCACAGACUGUGAUCGGACGCUGAUGAGUGCGGAGGCCAAUCUGGCAGGCCUGUAUCCCCCAGAGGGACAACAGAUGUUCAACCCUAACAUUUCCUGGCAGCCUAUCCCUGUGCACACAGUGCCUGAGUCUGCCGAAAGGCUACUGAAGUUUCCUUUGACCCCCUGCCCACGGUAUGAGCAGCUACAGAAUGAAACACGGCACUCAGCAGAAUACGUAAAUAAGACCAAAGAGAAUUGGCAAUUCCUGCAGAUGGUGGCAAAUGAGACUGGGAUCCGGGAUGUCUCUCUCGAGAGCGUUUGGAGUGUGUAUGACACACUGUUCUGUGAACAAACACACAAAAUGGAUUUGCCUGUAUGGGUGACACCAGAUGUCAUGACUCAACUGAAACAACUAAAAGACUUUGGUUUUGAAUUUCUGUUUGGGAUCCACAGUCGUAUAGAAAAAUCUCGUCUGCAAGGCGGGGUCCUGCUGGGUCACAUAAGGGAAAACCUAACCAAAGCAGCAAAUGUUUCUGCCCACCAGAGCCUGAAGCUACUUGUCUAUUCAGCGCAUGACACCACACUUGUGGCACUGCAGAUGGCUCUAGAUGUCUACAACAAGAUUCAAGCACCAUAUGCCUCAUGUCAUUUAUUUGAGCUGUACCAAGAGGAUGAUGGUAACUUCUCUGUGGAGAUGUUUUUCCGGAACGAGAGUGGGAAAGAACCCUUCCCACUGAAAAUCCCUGGAUGUCAGCAUAAAUGCCCACUGCAGAGAUUUUUGGAACUCACAGAUCCUGUUGUUCCCCAGGACUGGAAGCAAGAAUGCCAAGUAGCAAACAGCAUACAUGACACAGAGGUAUUUGUGGGUCUGGCUGUGUGUGGAUCCAUUCUCCUUCUCCUUAUAAUCCUCCUCUUGACUGUAUUCUUUCGCAUACAAUCUCAGCCCCCUGGCUACCGCCAUGUUUCCAAUGAGGGAGAAGAGCAAGCCUGACAGCUGCUUCAGCUCCUUUCCAGGCAGUAGGAGAGAGCAGUGUUGCCCCUAAGGAUGAUUGGGAACCUUUGGUUACUGUGCAUUCUUCUGCUUUGGCCAUUGCUUCCCAGAAUGAAGCUGGACUUGAUUUUUGGAUGCUUUCUGAAAGUGACAUCCCAGAGAAGACUGACCUACUCUAAUGGAAAUGACACUUUAACUCUGAAGUCUCAGUAUACUGUGUGGUGCCCCCAGUCCUUAUGCACCUUAUGCAGUCUGGGAUUCCCAACAUAGCCAGUUGGAGCUGGUCAAGAGUUUUCUUCCUUUCAGUGAUUGUAAAUGUUACCACUCACUAUCACUGUAGCAAAGGGGCUUGGGCCUCCAUCAGCUGCCAUAUCCAGUGCAGUCAGGAGCUGCAUCUCUCUUCUUAGUCAGGAUGCUUUGAGUGCUUUUCUCUCAAGCCAUCGGGCUGAUGAGGCUGUGAAGGCUGGGCUUGGAGCAGAGGGCCCAGCUCACCAACAACGCACCAAGACUCAGACUUAGACAGUCCAUGCAGAUGGAACUGCUGCAGAUGACGGAAGACAGUGACCAGUGUUUCUCGAGGUUGCUACUGGCAACUGGUCUUUUUUUCCCCUCCUCACAUUGUGGUUCAAGAGAAAACUGGCUUGGAAUUAGGAAAAGAUUGAAAAUCUGGCAGUAGUUUCUAAGAUUCAGCUCAGAGUAGGUUGUAUAUGGUCCAAAGAAGCUCCAAGAGCUGCAUCAGAGAUGGAUUCCUGUGACCAUAACAAACCCACACCCAAUUUCUUGUAUAAUGUUGUCUCUAGAAAGGAGAGUCCCUGUAGAUUAGAAACUUUGGCCCCUUCUAAAGAUUCAGCCUUUGAAUUACUUCCCCACCUCCAAACUUCAAGUACCUAUUACAGGGAAUAUCCAGUACUGCAGGUGGUCCACAUUUCAGCUACAAGCCCAAGAAAUUUGCUUUACUAGCAGAAUGUUUUUAUACUCUAAUUAAAGAGACGCAGCAGAGCUGUUUACCGAAUACUAGAUGAAAUGCCAAGUUUUAUAGUUUUUCUUUCUAUCUUCCCUAUUGGAUGGACAACCACAAAAAAAAAAAAACAACACCCAAAACCAUUAAUGAUCAGUUUGCAGGUGAUGGUUGAUCCCUUUAUUUGGCAUUUUGUCCAAAGUGUGAUUUUUUUUUCUCCAGGCUGCCCCCUCUGUGUGCACUGCAGCUGCUGCAGGGAACUUCACGCUUAGUGCUCAUCACCUGCCUUGUAGUUUCUGGCAGAUAAUGAGAGGCUGCAGCAGGCACCAGAAGCACAGGCUCUUCACAUGGUGAUGUUGCACAUUCACUUCUUGCUUUUACUUCCCUUUCUGGUGCAGUUCCCUUCCCCUCUUGGCGCCAGAAGCCGGCUCUUACAAUACAGACAUUUCCUUUUCUUCUCCUAUGGAGUACCAUGGGGACUUUUCCCUAUACCAUAACUGGCAUCUGCCAGCAUGGGAACUGUAAAUCAGCAGCAGCAGCUUGCUGUUCUCAGCAUCUUCCUUACCUUUUUUUGUCCUCUGAAGAUACAAUCUAGGUCUCCUGCACAGCAAGACAGUCAUAAAGAAAAAGCUACUGCCUGUGAGAACAGGCACAAGAAGGAGGUAAUAGAAAGUGCAUUUAAGAGGAUCAGACCUGUUAUUUUUAAAGACAGCAAAUUUUGCACACACAGAGGAAAGAUUUCUAUGAUGAUUUAGAUGUUUAGACUAUGAAUGACUUUCUGUAAUUGUUCCAAUACAUUUCAUUAUUAAAAUCAAAUUCGCACUGAA